AUGAAGCUGUUUCUGGCCCUUCUGAUGGCUGCUGUUGCUGGUGUGGAGUUCGCCAAAGCCUUGAAAUGCUACACCUGCUAUGAACCUACCAGCAGUGGCAAGUGCCUAAAGGUCCAAAACUGCGCUAAGAAUGAAACCAUGUGCAAGACAACCAUGUAUUCCCUGGAGGAAGUGUAUCCCUUCGUGGGAGUCUCGACUGUCACCAGGAUGUGUGCUUCCAUCUGCAUCCCAUCUGACGUGGAUGGGAUCGGCAUGACACGUCCUGUCUCCUGCUGUUAUUCUGACUUGUGCAACAGCAACAUUGAUGGUGCAGCCAGUUUGAGGAUUGGCUUUGCACCGGUUGGGCUGCUGGCAACUUCCCUUUGCAUCCUUUCCUGGACUAGACUGUGA